UGAUCAGCUGUGUCCAAUCACAGCUGUGGAACAUGUACACAGAUCAUCAGAGCACUGAUGAUCAAUGUGCCCUGAUGAUCUGUAUAGCCCCAGCAGUGCCACCUGUCAGUGUCCAUCAGUGCCAGCUCUCAGUGCUCAUCCAUGCCACCUGUCAGUGCCCAGUGCCACAUUUCAGUGCCCAACAGUGCCACGUCAAUGCCACAUAUCAGUGCCCAUCUGAGCUGCCUUUCAGUGUCACCCAUCAGUGCAGUCAGUGCCACCUAUCAAUGCCAGUCAGUGCCACCUAUCAGUGCUGCCAAUAAGUGCCACCUAUCAGUGCCAGUCAGUGCCGCCUAUCAGUGCCAGUCAGUGCCGCCUAUCAGUGUGCAUUAGUGCUGCCUAUCAGUGCCUGUCAGUGCUGCCUAUCAGUGCCACCUAACAGUGCCAGUCAGUGCCACCUAACAGUG